CGUGACUAUGUACCUAGACAACACCGCCUCUCCUCUAUUAUAGGUUUCCCUUCGCUCAAGACGCGAGGCUCAAGAGCCUCCAAAACUCAAGCAGAAACGUCAUAUGGGGAAAGAGUGGAGAGCUGAGUGGGAGAAAAAGGCUGAAGAUUGAAGAAUUGCUCUGUUUCUUCAUCCUCUGUUUCAAAUUUCUUUACUGUUUCUAAUAUCUGAAGACCCCCAAUUUUUCCUACUUUCUAAUUUGAAUUAUACCUUGAAAACAUUUAGCGUUUCUUUAUUGUCUUUGAAUGAUCUUGAUCAAUAAAGCAGUGUUUUCAUUGUGCGAUGGGAAAUUUUUUUUAUCUAAUCUUGAUUUUCACUUGAAUGAAGUUUUCUUUCAUUUUUCAAUGAAAAUGGGUGAAAAUUUUCCCUUAAUUAACAAUGAGAGUCCCCCCAUCUCUCUCUCACUCAAAUAAAUGGGGGGCUUUUUUUGUGUUUCUUGAUUUUCUUUUUAGCAUUUCUUUGUUGCAUUUGAAUGAUCUUGAUCAGUAAACCGGUAUUUUCGUUGUGCGAUCGCGGAAUUCUUUUUAAUUUUGAUUUUCACUUGAAUGAAAGUUUCUUUCAUUUUUCAACGAAAGAUUAGUGAAAUCUUCAUUCAAUGAGAGUCCUUCCAUGGGAUUUAUGAAUUCUUUUAUUUUUGUUUCUUUUCUUGGGUGAAAUCAUAUUGUUGGUUUAUGAAGUCUUCUCAUCUUCAGAAUUUUGCAGUUCGUUUCAUUUGUUGGCUAGGUUUAGCAAGAAUCGGGAUUGGGUGAAAUUAUUUUACUAUUGUUUUUGGUUCGGCUUUCAUAUUGCGCUUGCUUACGAUCCCAUAAUUUACCAGGCUUGAUCGGGCUGUGACUUUAGAUUCCUAUUGGAUAAUUUCCGGGAAAUUCUGUGGCGCGAGCUAAAUAAGCUUAACCAGGCUAAUGCCCUUUUCCGCAAUAAAUUGCAAUUUCCCGACAUAGAAGGCUCAGGGUUGCGGACGCUUGUCAAUCAAAGACAAGAAAUAGUUCCGUUCAAGAUCAUCAUGGACUGGCUUUUAAUGUAGUUGAUGAACUGCCCAAAACUGUGACACUACAUUAAAUCAGGGUUCUGAUCCAACAAGUAUGGACUUUCAUCCUAUUCAGCAAACUCUACUUCUUGUUCAGUCCUUAACUUGGCGUCAGCAAUUUAAGGCUUUAAUUGAAUCUUGCAGAAUAUGGGAGACUUUUCUUGUUGUUCUGGUCAUCUAUACAGCUUGGGUAUCGCCCUUUGAAUUUGGAUUUCUCAAGAAACCUGAGGGACCACUCUCCAUUGCUGAUAAUGUUGUAAAUGGAUUCUUUGCUAUAGACAUUGUUCUUACGUUCAUUGUGGCUUACCUCGACAAGACGACCUACUUACUUGUGGACGAUCCGAAAAAGAUUGCUUGGAAGUAUACUAGGUCCUGGUUUGUUUUUGAUUUCAUAUCCACAAUCCCAUCUGAACUUGCUCGGAAGAUCUCCCCUAAACCAUUCCAGUCAUAUGGCUUGUUCAACAUGCUUCGCCUUUGGCGACUUCGAAGAGUUAGUGCUCUAUUUUCCAGAUUGGAGAAGGAUAGGAACUAUAAUUACUUCUGGGUUCGAUGUGCCAAACUUAUUUGUGUCACUCUUUUCGCAGUUCACUCUGCUGGAUGCUUUUAUUAUCUUAUUGCUGCUCGUUAUCCUAACCCUGAAAAGACGUGGAUUGGAGCAUCUUUGGGGGACAAUUUUCUUCAACAGAGUGUAUGGAUCCGAUAUGUGACUUCAAUGUACUGGUCUAUUACUACUUUAACAACUGUUGGUUAUGGUGAUCUCCAUCCUGUGAAUACAAGGGAGAUGAUCUUUGACAUCUUCUAUAUGCUCAUUAACCUUGGAUUGACAGCAUAUUUGAUUGGAAAUAUGACCAAUUUGGUUGUUCAUGGGACCAGUCGAACUAGAAGAUUUCGAGAUGCCAUACAAGCAGCUUCGAGUUUUGCUCAGAGGAACCAACUGCCUCUGCGCCUGCAAGAUCAGAUGCUUGCACAUCUAUGUUUGAAGUUCAGGACUGAUUCAGAAGGACUUCAGCAGCAAGAAACUCUUGAUUCCCUUCCAAAAGCAAUUCGUUCUAGCAUUUCACAUUAUCUCUUUUACUCACUCCUGGACAGGGUGUACUUAUUUCGUGGGGUUUCCAAUGACUUACUUUUCCAACUGGUUUCGGAGAUGAAAGCUGAGUAUUUUCCCCCCAAAGAAGAUGUCAUUUUGCAGAAUGAAGCACCAACAGACUUCUAUAUACUUGUUACUGGCGCCGUGGAUCUUCUUGUUUACAGAAGUGGAGGUGAACAGGUUGUUGGGCAAGCAAAAAGUGGUGAGCUUUGUGGUGAGAUUGGGGUGCUUUAUUAUAGGCCACAGCUUUUUACUGUGCGCACCAAAAGAUUGAGCCAGCUACUAAGACUGAACCGUACUACAUUCUUGAACAUUGUUCAGGCCAAUGUUGGAGAUGGGACCAUAAUCAUGAAUAACCUCCUUCAGCAUUUGAAAGAACAAAAGGACCCACUUAUGGAGGGAGUUUUGCAUGAGACAGAGAACAUGCUAGCUCGCGGUAGAAUGGACCUACCUCUCAGUCUAUGUUUCGCUGCACUUAGGGGUGACGAUUCCUUGUUACAUCAGUUGUUAAAAAGGGGAUUGGAUCCAAAUGAAUCAGACAACAAUGGGAGGUCGGCUCUGCAUAUAGCUGCAUCAAAGGGAAGCGAAAACUGUGUGCUUCUUUUGCUGGAUUAUGGGGCAGAUCCUAACUGUAAAGACUCAGAUGGGAAUGUCCCAGUGUGGGAGGCAAUGCUGGGUGGUCAUGAAGCUGUAGCCAAACUGCUGAUAGAAAAUGGCGCAAGCAUCAAUUUUGGAGAUGUAGGUCAUUUUGCAUGCACAGCUGCCGAGCAAAAUAGCUUGAACUUGCUCAAGGAAAUUGUUCGGUAUGGCGGGGAUGUCACAUCCCCUCGGAAGAGCGGAACCACAGCCCUCCAUGUUGCAGUUUGUGAAGACAACACUGAAAUAGUAAGGUUUCUCUUAGAACAAGGUGCUGAUAUUGACAAACCAGAUAUCCACGGUUGGACUCCCCGGGAUCUAGCCGAUCAACAAGGACAUGAAAGAGCUGAAAUUGAUGAUAUUGAGGUCAUAAGAGAUGGUGAUCAUAUUUUAAUUGCAAGUGAUCAAACAAAAGAGACUUAACUGCCAUAACUCCCUGCCUGCAGCCACUUGAUCAAACAUGAGACUAACCGCCAAGACUCCUUGAGACAACAGUUCGGGUUAUUAUUUUAACCUGUCGCAUUGAACAUUCGCCUUAUCUAUUUUUUGUUUUGUGGACAGGUGAUGUGAUGAGGCCCUGUUUGGAAUACCAAAAAUAAGAGAGAAGAAAAGUUGUAAAGUAAAAUAUUUAUUCUUUUUUUUUUUUU